UAAUUGAUGUGGAACUCAUUUUUAGGAAAAGAGCUUCAUUCAAAAUGGUAAAAUAAUGAAAUGAGGUAUUUGAACAUUUUAUCUUUGGAUGGAGAUCUGAGAAUGAAAAGAGCGAUUAAUCCAAGCCAUGUGGUAAAAGCAGGAAUUUGAAGAAAAUGGAAAUGUUUACAUUUUUGUGGACAUGUGUUUUCCUACCCUUCAUAAGCGGACACAGCCUUUUCACCUGUGAACCAAUUAUUGUUCCCAGAUGUAUGAAAAUGGCCUACAACAUGACAUUUUUCCCUAAUCUGAUGGGUCAUUAUGACCAGAGUACUGCUGCUGUAGAAAUGGAGCAUUUUCUUCCUCUUGCAAAUUUGGAAUGUUCACCAAAUGUUGAAACUUUCCUUUGCAAAGCUUUUGUACCAACCUGCACAGAGCAAAUCCAUGUAGUUCCACCUUGUCGUAAAUUUUGUGAGAGAGUAUAUUCUGAUUGCAAAAAAUUAAUUGACACUUUUGGGAUCCAAUGGCCUGAGGAACUUAAAUGUGACAGAUUACAAUACUGUGAUGAGACUGUUCCUGUAACUUUUGAUCCACACACAGAGUUUCUUGGUCCUCAGAAGAAAACAGAACAAAUCCAAAGAGACAUUGGAAUUUGGUGUCCAAGGCAUCUUAAGACUUCCGGGGGACAAGGCUAUAAGUUUCUGGGAAUUGACCAAUGUGCACCUCCAUGCCCCAACAUGUUUUUUAAAAGUGAUGAGCUCGAGUUUGCAAAAAGUUUUAUCGGAAUAGUUUCAAUAUUUUGUCUUUGUGCAACUCUGUUCACAUUCCUUACUUUUUUAAUUGAUGUUAAAAGAUUCAGAUACCCAGAGAGACCAAUUAUAUAUUACUCUGUCUGUUACAGCAUUGUAUCUCUCAUGUACUUUAUUGGAUUCUUAUUGGGCAAUAGCACAGCCUGCAAUAAGGCAGAUGAGAAGCUAGAAGUUGGUGAUACAGUUGUUCUGGGCUCUCAAAAUAAGGCUUGUACCGUUUUGUUUAUGUUUUUGUAUUUUUUCACAAUGGCUGGCACUGUGUGGUGGGUGAUCCUUACCAUUACUUGGUUCUUAGCUGCAGGAAGAAAGUGGAGUUGUGAAGCCAUUGAACAAAAAGCAGUGUGGUUUCAUGCCGUUGCAUGGGGAAUACCAGGUUUUCUGACUGUUAUGCUUCUUGCCAUGAACAAAGUUGAGGGAGACAACAUUAGUGGCGUUUGCUUUGUCGGCCUUUAUGACCUGGAUGCUUCUCGUUACUUUGUACUCUUGCCAUUGUGCUUUUGUGUGUUUGUUGGGCUGUCUCUUCUUUUAGCUGGCAUUAUUUCCUUAAAUCAUGUGCGACAAGUUAUACAACAUGAUGGCCGGAACCAAGAGAAACUAAAGAAAUUUAUGAUUCGAAUUGGAGUCUUCAGUGGCCUGUAUCUCGUGCCAUUAGUGACACUUCUCGGAUGUUAUGUCUACGAGCAAGUGAAUAGGAUUACCUGGGAGAUAACAUGGGUUGCUGACCAUUGUCGCCAGUACCACAUCCCAUGUCCUUAUCAGGCAAAAACAGAAAGUCGACCAGAAUUGGCUUUAUUUAUGAUAAAAUAUCUGAUGACAUUAAUUGUUGGCAUCUCUGCCGUCUUCUGGGUUGGAAGCAAAAAGACAUGCACAGAAUGGGCUGGGUUUUUUAAACGAAAUCGCAAGAGAGAUCCAAUCAGUGAAAGUCGAAGAGUACUACAGGAGUCGUGUGAGUUUUUCUUAAAGCACAAUUCGAAAGUUAAACACAAAAAGAAGCACUACAAACCAAGUUCACAUAAGCUGAAGGUCAUUUCCAAAUCCAUGGGAACCAGCACAGGAGCUUCGGCAAAUCAUGGCACUUCUGAGGUAGCAAUCACUAACCACGAUUACUUAGGACAAGACACUUUGCCAGAAAUCCAAACCUCUCCAGAAACGUCAGUGAGGGAAGUGAGAGAAGACGGAGUGAGCACCCCCAAAACAAGAGAACAGGACUGUGGGGAACCUGCCUCACCAGCAGUAUCCAGCUCCAAGCUCUGUGGGGAACAGGCUGACAGGAAAGGCCGGGCAGGCAACGUGAACGACAAGAGCAGUGUGUCUGAAAGUGGGCGGAGCGAAGGAAGGGUAACUCCUAAAAGCGAUGUGACUGCAGCCGGCCAGAUGCAGAGCAACAACUUGCGGGUCCCCGGUUCUUCAGAGCCAAGCAGCCUGAAAGGCUCCACAUCACUGCUCGUUCACUCGGCUUUGGGAGCUAGAAAAGAGCAGGGAGUCACAGGCAGUCACUCAGAUACUUGAAAACCAGGUUAUUCCGUUACUGGGAAGCGGACUUGUGUUACACUGGAGGUGACCAGUCCAUGGUCUUAUAAGAAUCACUGUUCUCUUCUUCUUUUGCACUUAGAGCUACAUUGCCUGCUGUUACACUGGAAACAAUCGAUUCUGAGAAUAUGAUUCAUUUCACAUAGAGGUCAAUGACAACAAUAUACCUGAAAAACAGAAUGUGCAGGUUAAUAAUAUUUUUUAAAUUGUGUGGGAGGAUGGAAUUAGAGGAAUCUUCUUUUCUAUUUAUGAAGAUUCUAUUCUUGUUAAAAGUAUUUUAAGCUGUACAAUGCUAUUUCACUUUUAUGCUAUAGAAUUAAGAUUUUUCUUUGCUGAAGUAUUUAAAACAUCCUUGUAUCUUUUUUAUAUAUUUUAAAAUAAGUUGAUAUAUAUUUGAAUUUUUUUAGAAAUCCUGGAAAAUCUAUUCAAAUAUUUUUAUUAUGUUAUUCUGAUAUCUUGGCACUACUUUGGUAGCUUUUACACUGAAUUUCUAAGAAAAUUGAAAAAUAGUAUUCUUUUGUAGUUUAAAAAAAUAGUUGAUACACCAAAAGGUGUUAUAAUGGGUAUUUAGCUUUAAAAAAAUCCAAUUACUCUACCUUAUCAUCUUCAGUGUGUGAACUUUAUAAAGUCUCAUUAUUUCAGGAAUUUCACAGCUUUCUUAUGCAACUGAAAUAAGGUGCUUAUUGAAUCCAAUGUUGAUUGUAUUAUGCUGCUUGCUGAUCCUUCUGUAUUUUUAACAGAAAAUGUCCUGAAGGAUUAGUAGAUGAAACAUUACUCUUUUAUAAACUAAGCCAAGUGCAAUCAAUUUUCUGUUUUUAAUGUUUCAUGACCACCCAAGACUGUAUUAUUAUGACCAUUUACAGUUGCUUAUACUUUUGUUUUAACUUUCGUGUUUUGACAUUUAAAUAGUACAGAUGCUUUGUAUUUGUGCAGUGUCUUUCUCAGACAUUAUGUAGAAUUAAUUUCUGCACUUAAAUAGGAUUUUGCUGAACAUUAAAAAAGUAUGUUAGCAAUAUUAGUGCCAAUCAAAUGGAAAAAAAAUGUAGUCCUGAUAAAACAAAAUGUAUUUUACAUGACAUACUUUAAAAUAUUAAAAUUUUGUUUCCAAUUAAGCAUUAUUCCUUGAACAGGUUUUCUGAUGCUUUUGG